GGCGCACGAGAUGGCGCCACCGCGCGGCUCGGCGCUGCCGCCGCCGGUGCUGACGCACCUCAUCUACAACCCGAACGGCCUGCCCCGCAACGAGGACGCGCACCUGUGGAUCCUGCUCGAGCCGCAGCGCGUCCCGCGCCUCUGGCUGCAACACAUGCGGAAGGCUGGGUCGAGCGAGGCUCGCGUCUCGCUCGGCAUCUCCGUCUUUGACCGCGACCUCGCGCAGCUCGCUGCUGGCGCGCCCGUCGACGCGAUGGUCGAGCUGAUGGAGCCGCAGAUGCACGACUCGCGGACGCUGCUGCGGGGCGGCAAGCGGCGGGUGCGCCUAUGUGAGGGAACCGAGGUUACAGCUUCCUCCGAUCCGGAGGACGCUGCGCACCUUUUCCUGCGGCUGCAGCCGCUGGCCGAGGCGCUGGGCUUCAAGAUGGGGCCUGCGUUCGGCCUGCGCCUCCUGUGGCAGAGAACGCGGCCGCUGCUACCCAAGGACGACCGGGAGCCCCGGGGCGGGCGCUACGGUCCGGCAGUCCGGUACGUGGACAACAGGGGCGCAUCUCACGGGUACCGCGUGCAGUUUGUGAAGUGCCCACUCUCUGUGCAGGCGCUGCGGGGUUAAGCUAAGAAAGCAAGCCUUUGCCCUCAUUGCAGGGUUGCGAGCGCCGGGAGGGCCACAUGGAGAAGGAGCGUCACAAAACAUUAAACAUGAGAGCAAGCUGUCGAGACGAGCGUGAAUUCGAUACAAGCGAACAAUG